AUGCACCGCCUUUCACUUAAGCUCAGUGCUGCCUCCCUCUUGAUCCUGUGCCUGCAGCUAGGGAUCAACAAGGCUCAGGAUGAUGCAAGCAUUCGAAAGCCACUUAUAUUUUAUUUAGAUGUUCCAACAGCUGCAAAGGCAAACGAUGAGAUUUCUGUGAGACUUGGAAUGAUAACGGAAUACAAGGAAUGUUUAGUGGUCACAGCUUCCCUUAAAAGCAAUGUCCAGAUGGAAGGCAACUUCAACUUCAAACAAACCCGCUGCAUCUGUAACGAUCAUCGAGUAAACUUCUACUGGGACUUUCCAGUCACCCAAACUGUCACUUUUGAAGUACUGGUUGAAAUUGUUAAGGAGAAAAAUGUCUGCCCUGACGAUGUGGCCGUGGUGCCCAUCAUAGGAGACACGUAUUACACUUACCGUACUGUGCAUGUCCGCUAA